GCGGGGACACGGGUGGAAGUGGGAAAUAUGAGUGAGCAUGUAAGAACAAGAUCCCAAUCCUCAGAAAGAGGAAAUGAUGAAGAGUCUUCCCAGCCAGUUGAACCUGUGAUUGUCCAGCAGCCCACUGAGGAAAAACGUCAGGAAGAGGAACCACCAACUGAAACCCAGGGUGUUGCACCCAGUGGGGAGAUCGAAAAUGAAGGCGCACCUGCAGUUCAAGGGCCUGAUGUGGAAGCUCUUCAACAGGAACUAGCUCUGCUUACGGUAGAGGAUGAGCUUGGAGAUGGUCCAGAUGUCAGAGAGGGGAUUCUGCCCACUUUUGAUCUCACUGAAGUGCUGGAAGCAGGUCCAGCAGCCCAGUGAUGAACAACCUUAGCAAGAGACACCACCACCUAAAAGUCAGGAUAUUUUUCCUAUUUAAGAGAAGGAGAUGAAGAAGCACCUGUGGUUCAAGGUGAAAAGAAGGGGAAGAAGAAUUCCUAUGGAUGGAGGUUUAUGUAUGCAUCAUGCAUUAUGACAGGUCAGGAACAGAAGAGAGAGUAUUAGAGAAAGAUAUCAAACAUUUACUAAAAAUUGGCUUGAAAGUGAAGUGGACUUGCAGCCAUGUGCAGUCCCUUGUCAUUAAGAAUUUUCCCUUUCUCUUAAAGACUUACUUGGUGUGCUUGGAAAAUACAGUACUUUU